AUGACAGCCCAGAAUGGAAACACUAGUUUUGCAACCAACUUCAGUAUACCCCAAGACCAUGCCUCCUCCCUCCCCUUCAACUUCAGUUAUGGUGAUUACGACCUCCCUCUAGAUGAGGAUGAGGAUAUGACCAAGACUCACACCUUCUUUGCAGCCAAGAUUAUUAUCGGGGUAGCACUUGUGGGCAUCAUGCUGAUUUGUGGCAUUGGCAACUUUGUCUUUAUCACUGCCCUUGCCCGCUAUAAGAAGCUGCGCAACCUCACCAACCUGCUCAUUGCUAACCUGGCCAUCUCCGACUUCCUGGUGGCCAUUGUCUGCUGCCCCUUCGAGAUGGACUACUAUGUGGUGCGCCAGCUCUCCUGGGAGCACGGCCAUGUGCUCUGUGCCUCUGUCAACUACCUGCGUACCGUCUCACUCUACGUCUCCACCAAUGCCCUGCUGGCCAUCGCUAUCGACAGAUAUCUCGCUAUCGUUCACCCCUUGAAACCACGGAUGAAUUAUCAAACAGCCUCCUUCCUGAUUGCUUUGGUCUGGAUGGUAUCCAUUCUCAUCGCCAUCCCAUCAGCCUACUUCACGACGGAAACCGUCCUCUUCAUUGUCAAACGCCAGGAAAAGAUCUUCUGCGGCCAGAUCUGGCCAGUGGACCAGCAGCUCUACUAUAAAUCCUACUUCCUCUUCAUCUUCGGCAUCGAGUUCCUGGGCCCGGUGGUCACAAUGACCCUGUGCUACGCCAGGAUCUCCCGGGAGCUCUGGUUCAAGGCGGUCCCUGGUUUCCAGACGGAACAGAUCCGGAAGCGGCUGCGCUGCCGCCGGAAGACGGUGCUGGUGCUCAUGUGCAUCCUCACGGCCUACGUGCUGUGCUGGGCGCCUUUCUACGGCUUCACCAUCGUGCGCGACUUCUUCCCCACCGUAUUCGUGAAGGAGAAGCACUACCUCACAGCCUUUUACGUCGUCGAGUGCAUCGCCAUGAGCAACAGCAUGAUCAACACCGUUUGCUUCGUGGCCGUCAAGAACAACACCAUGAAGUACUUCAAGAAGAUGCUGCUGCUCCACUGGCGGCCCUCCCACGGCGGGAGCAAGUCCAGCGCUGACCAUGACCUCAAAACCAGAGGCCUGCUGGCCACGGAAGAGGCGGAUUGUAUCAGGCUGAAGUGA